CCUUUCUUGGUUCACAGAACACCAAUGGCGUCGACCACGGCCUUCAAGGACAGAAAUCUCAUCGCUGUCAUAGGAGAUGAGGACUCGAUAACGGGACUGCUUCUUGCAGGCGUCGGCCACAUCAACGAGCACCAGAGGAAGAACUUCCUCGUCGUAGAUUCUAGUGAGGUCUUUGGCGUAUUCUACAUCAUCUCACACUCACGAACGAGUCCAGAAACACAAAUAUCGGGGAUCGAAGCUGCGUUCCAGGAGUUCACCCAACGGAAGGAUAUUGCAAUUGUCCUCAUCAACCAGCAUAUAGCAGAGAAGAUACGACCGACAGUAGACCGCUACCAAGAAGCAUUCCCUACGUUGCUCGAGAUACCCUCCAAGGAUCAUCCAUACGACCCUUCGAAAGAUUCGGUAUUGAAGCGCGUUCAGAAGCUUUUCGGCGAGUAGAGAGUGUAUGCCUUGUUACACUACUCACAUCGCUAGGGUUGAAUGUCCAUGUGUACCAUAUAAUACAGAUGUACAUGGCAAGCAGAGUCUACUAUGCCUAGAGAAUGGAUGUUCUUCUCCCCUACCUUCGAAUUGAGUAUUAGGGUGUAGCAAUUCAUGCCGAAGUGAACCGCAUGAUGGGCUCAUUCUCCCGGACACCUGGUGCUCGUUCAACGAAUACCCUCACUGGAUUCCGGGUUUCGGAAU